UAAUAAUCUAAAAGCUAUUAUAGUUAAAACAAACUAAUUAUUAUAAUCCAAUCAUAAAUUUUUAUUUCGUAUAUUUUAUCCUGUUUAUUUCUAAUCAAUAGUUGUAAGUUUUUUUAGAUAUGAAUAAGAUCAAAUAUGGAACACGAUAUAAAUUAAUAUAAAUAUUGAUUUAAUAUUAAAUAAAUAUACAUUCUCUAUUCUAUUUAUCGUGAUUUCAAGUUAAUAUUUGAUCCGAAUCACUAGUAAUUUCAGUCGAAGCUGCAAAUUUUCUUAUAAUCACAAUAAUUGAAUAAAAGAUCCUUAUUAUGACUAGAAUUAGAAUAUAAUUUCGCAUUUAAAUCUAAAGUUAUUAAUCAAAGUUGAUGAAAAGUAGUUUAACCAUGCGUCUAGUCUCUCGUUCAUUGCCAAUGUCAUUUUUCGUUGAAUAAAUACUUAGGUACUGUAAUAUAUGCAUAUAUGAAGAGAAUCUGCAGGUUAAUUAUGUAAGAACAUAUAGAUCUAUCUAAUAUAAAAUAUUUAUAUUGAUAUCAUUUUAUUUUCACAUAUCAUUAUCUAUUAUUAUCAUCGAAGGCAGAUUUCUUUAUUAGAACGUACACAGUAACGUAAUUGUGAUGGUGAAUGAAUAUAUAUAUAUAUAUAUAUACAAUUCAAUAUUUGCCGAAGUAGUGAAAGGAGUAACCGGUUUUUAAGUAGAUAGCGGGCAGCGGAUUACACAAAAAAGAUACAAGAAGUAAAAUGAUUUGUCAUGCAACCUUCAACCGGUUUUGCUUCGAUUGCCAACUGUAAAAAGUGUAUUCGUUAAUUUUGUACGUCCUGCUUGGAAUGAUCAUAAAUACUAAUAUUUCAGAAUAAGCGAAACGGUAUUUUAAAUUACAUAUAUAUAUAUAUAUACGUUCGUACAUAUAAAUGAAUAUUGAUAUAAAGUUGGUAUGCACCAAACGCACAUUUUUAAAACAUUUACGAACGUUUAACAAUACUUGUGAGAAAAAAAGUAUUCGUGAGUAUUUAUUACCAACCCGCAGUCUGUCUUCAAAUCGAUAUCGACCGCUAACUGACAGCGAAUUUUCUUUUUAUGUAUGUACAUAUGUACACACAUUAUGUUAGCAAAUGUUAGCGAAUACCCAUAAAUACGUUAUGUAGGUACGCGGCCGACGGAUGCCCGACUUGACAAGCAUCUAUGUGUACAUACAUAUAUCGAAAAUCGAUUCUGCCAAGGCAAAGAAAUGUAUAAUACGAUUUAAUAGAUCAAAGGUGUAACAUAAUUUGAAUAAAUUAAAAAAUGCGUCAAAACAAGAACGCUCAUCAUCUGAUAAGAUGUAAACUAACGAUAAAAAUACAGAAAUAUAUUUUCUUUUUCUUGAAAUAUUAUGAUAGGAAUCAUUCGAUCGCAGUGAUUAAUGAUAGUCGUAUACGUCACUUUUAAAAAGAUAGAAAAGAAUGACAAAAAGUAGAAGAUAUGUACAUAAAAAUAUGACACGAUGUGUUGCAACCUUUUAGCAGAUAUUCGUUCGAUAUGAAAAGAAACGCGCGUCUGAUUCACGGUUCAGUAUAACGUCGACCGUUUCUCUGAUAGGAGUUGAUUGUAAUACGAUUUCGUGUGUGAGCCACGCCGAAAUUUGCUCUUGAAUUGGAACGAUUGACCGAAUAAACGAGAAUAACAAAUCGGUACAACGAUGCAAAAUUGUUGUGACGAUGGCGAUAACGACGUCGUCUAUAAGGAUGUGGUCAUUAUAGGAAACGGACCUAGUGGAAUAUGCCUUUCUUUCAUGCUUGCUGGAAAUUGGCCUUAUUAUACCGGUGAACCACAUCCCGCGGAUGAAAUGCUCACAGCCAGAUUACACUCGAGCACGAGGUCCGGAAAUGAUGACGAGGAAUGUUGCGAUAAGACGAGUCAAGAGCAACAACAAUUAGGAAAUGAAUCGAGAUGCCAUCGAUGGCACGAGAGUGAGAAUACCAAGUUGAGAAAAUGCCAGGGGAACAGCGGAGGAAGGGGCUUGGCGAGCAGUACGCGUUGCAAAUUGGAAUGCCUUUCUUCCGGACUGGAAGGUAGAGCCGGUGGUCGGCCUUUGGCCCUUCUUAUGGACCAACUUCAACAUCCCUGUGUCGAUGCUGGCCUUGAUGUGCCGUCUCUGCUUACCUGGAAAUCGGUCGAGCAACAUCCUGAGCAUAAAGUGAUCGAUCACAUUGUGCUCGGUAAAGGUCAACCUGGUGGUUCAUGGCAGUCGAUGGAUCCAAACGUGUUGACCAUCAGCUUGAACCGAUGGAUGUCGUUGCCCGAUUUAGACAUAAGACAAUGGGAGAUGUUGGUCGAGUCCGAAGAACUUCAAAAAGCAAAUUCGACAGAGGGUAAACCGUCGUGCAUGUACUAUGCCUUUCAAGAGAAACCGAGCGCAUGUAAAACGGCUAGCAGAAUUUCUGUUGGUACAGUGGCUGCCUAUUACAAAGAUUACGUACGGAGAAAGAAGUUGGAGCAGUACUUUCGAUGCGAGACUGUAGUUACUUCAGUAAGACCGUGCUGUGAUUCUCGUCAUCAUCAUCAUCAACAGCAACAACAACAACAACAACAACAACAAGAUCGUUACGGAUGGAUAGUCGACGGUUUCGAUAAACAAACCGGGAAACUGUUUCGCUAUCGCUGCAAAAGAGUCGUUCUUGCCACAGGCACGACCGAUUUGUCAAAUCAAUUGGGUAUAGCCGGUGAAGAUUCUCAACUUGAUUGGGUAACGCACGAUCUAAACAAGCUGGAAUCAAGAUUGGAUCAUUUGAUUAGUCAUCAGCAACAUGCAAACGAAGUAGAGGAACGACUGCAACCAAUUGAUCCGGUAUUGGUGAUCGGUUCCGGAUUAAGUGCUGCCGAUGCAAUCAUGGCCGUUCGUUUUCAUGGCAUUCCCGUUUUGCAUGCAUUUCGUGAUUCGUUCAACGAAUGGAAUAAAUCAAACGACGAGAAAAUACGCACUAUUUAUGAUAGGUUGCAAGGUCUACCCAGCUCGAUGUAUCCCGAAUAUCACAAGGUAUACGAGAUGAUGGCUGAUGGUGGUACUAAUUAUCCUCUAUACAAAGCAUUACCGGGGUACACGUUGCUCGGACUUACUGCAAAUGAUACUGAUUUCAUCGAUGGUGCCGGAUUCGAAAAACAUCCGAUGGUUACGCUUGUCGACCCAGACGGAUGCGCACACGCUUUUCGUGUGUCUGCCGUAGCCAUCCUUAUCGGUUACAAGCCUGAUUUGUCCUAUCUCAAAGCUGACGGUAUCGGGCUUGGUAAAUAUUUCGAGAAACCCAUAGAUGGUAAAUCGAACCCUAUCGAGGUUGACGAUUUUACUUAUGAAGUAACCAAAGCCCCAAGAUCUGGACUUUACGCUUUAGGUCCUUUAGUCGGUGAUAAUUUCGUACGUUACAUACUCGGUGGAGCGUUUGCGAUUUUAGUUCACAUUCUAAAUACCUCGUCUCCGUCUUUUACUUGAGUAAUAUGUAGUCGCAUAAGUCUCUUAACUCGUGUUCGAUCGAUUCUGAGCCUCCGCAGAAUCGUAAACAAACCGCACGCGUUUUUUAUUCGUACAUUCUGUACUAUACUUACCCAGGGACAUUUUUCUCUAUUCAACUGAUGUACCUUUCUACCACCGUGUAUGAAAACAAAGUAAACGUAAACUCUUUUACGCGUAAAUGAUAUCCAAAUUGUUUAUCACUUGAUGCAAAUUUGUCCCUUAGUUUUUCAAAAUGCGUGCGUACUUUUAACAAAAUCUACAUGAAACUGCUUAUACAAGUAUAUUAAGGUUUUUAUCAUGAAUCUUGACCAAGGAAAACAAAUCCGAUCAUACAGAUGAUACAAUAAAAUUCAUACGACUUUAACAUCAGCA